AUGCGAGCUGGGGACAACAUGGCGCUGGUCAGCUGCUGUGAGGGACUUUGGUCCUCCAUCCAGUGCCGGUCUUUCUGCGGAAUGGCUGCUUGUUAUCGUGUCCUGUCGUUGUUGCUGCUGGUCCUGGUGCCUCUGGCGGCUCCUGAGACGCUGCACCGCUCUGUCGUGCUCGAUCAACGUAGUGGGAGGCUGAGAGUGGUUCGGGGGCUGCGGCGAGAUGGGAUCGCGUGGGCCAAAUUCACAGACAACAUCAAAACCACAGGCUGGUCCUACCUUGAACUUGGUACUAAUGGAACGUAUGAUGAUAAAGUUCAGGCUUAUGCUGCAGGAGUGGUGGAAGCUGAUGUCACACGUCCAUAUAUUUAUAAGCAUUGGAUGAAUACAUUAUAUAACUACUGUGGAUCCUUCAAAUAUCAGACGACCUACUGUGACAAGCUUAAAAAUUACAUUGAGACUAAUCUGAAAUGGAUAGGAGAGAACUUGGCAGAAAUUUCACUGGCGGAUAAAGAAAAUAAAGCAUAUUGGCAUCAGGUGCAUUUGGCGUUACUGCAGCUGCAAGGACUGGAGGAUGGAUAUAAUGAGGAUAUUCUGUUUCCUACCAGAAAAUUGAACAUUCAGCCUUUUGGACUAAUUCUCUUUCAGAUGUUUGGUGACUUGGAAGAUCUAGAAAGUGUAUUUAAUAAAUCAGACAGUUCAAAGAGGUUUGGUUCUGGAUCCUGCUCUGCAUUCAUCAAGCUACUGCCAGGCAAUAAGGAGCUGUUUACUUCUCAUGACACCUGGAACAACUAUCAGACAAUGCUGAGAAUUAUCAAAAAGUACAAGCUGUCCUUCAAGUCCUUCCCAGGAGGUGAUUUAAUACCAGGAGAAGUGCAAGCUUUUUCAUCGUAUCCAGGGAUUAUCUUUUCUGGUGAUGAUUUUUACAUCCUGAGUAGUGGAUUGGUUACUCUGGAAACCACAAUCGGCAAUAAUAAUGCACAGUUAUGGAGUUUUGUCAAGCCAGUUGGUUCUGUGAUGGAAUGGUUGAGAAACAUCGUAGCUAAUCGACUUGCAAGAAGUGGUGCAGAAUGGGCUGCAAUUUUUAGGAAAUUCAACAGUGGCACAUACAAUAAUCAAUGGAUGAUCGUGGAUUAUAAUUUCUUUACACCAGGCCAACUGAAUAUCAGCAAGAACUUGUUGACGAUUCUGGAGCAAAUACCGGGCCAAAUAGUUGUUGCCGAUAAAACGGACGAGCUGAUGCAGAGAGGUUACUGGGCCAGCUACAACAUACCGUAUUUCAAAGAGAUCUUUAAUGCUAAUGGUCAACUAGACCUGUUUAAGAAAUAUGGAGACUGGUUCAGUUAUGACAAGAGUCCUCGAGCUCUGAUAUUCCGUCGAAAUCAGACCAUGGUUACAGAUAUGGCUUCAAUCAUUAAAUUAAUGAGGUAUAAUGACUUCAUGCAUGAUCCUCUGUCGGUGUGUCAGCAGUGUGUUCCGAAGCCCAAUGGGGAGAAUGCAAUUUCAGCCCGGUCUGAUCUUAAUCCAGCCAAUGGAAGUUACCCAUUUUCUGCAUUAGCUUUGCGAUCACAUGGAGGCACAGAUAUGAAGGUUACCUCAUUUGAAUUGCACAAGGCCUAUCAAAUGAUUGCAGUGAGCGGCCCAACGUGGGACCAGGUCCCGGCGUUUCAGUGGAGCAAAUCUCCAUUCAGAAACCUUGUGCACUUGGGACAUCCCGAUCUUUGGAAAUUCCUGCCAGUAAGGGUGGAAUGGAAAUGAACGCUUGGCAUGUGUACACAAUUAAAUAUAGUACUUUAAAAUCAGAUCAUGCCAGUUAUCUUGAUAUUCUUCUUCAUUUAAAAUAUCACUGUGACGACUUGUGUGAAUCUAAUUUAUGAAAUGAGAGUGAUUUUUAAAUCACAAUGCUGGUGUAGAUUUCACAAUGAUUACCAGAACUUAUCGAAGUUUUAUUUGUGAAUGAAAUCUUAAUUUCAUGCACCUAGUACACUAAAUCACAAGCUCAUACAGUAAAACUUGCAGGAAUUUCUGAGCUAAUAUGUUUACAGCACAUUAUCUGUGAAAGACUAUAUUUCUGUGCUUGGCCAGGCUGGAUUUACAGGAAGAAGCACUGUCAACGUUCCGGGCCGUGACCCUUCGUCAGGGCUAACGUUAGUCCUGACAAAGGGUCUCGGCCUGAAAUGUCGACUGUACUUCUUCAUAUAGAUGUACCAGUAAUUUGUGUUUGUUGCUCAAAUUUCUAGCACCUGCAGAUUUCCUCGUGUUUGCAUUUUUAUACUUGGCUAGUCAGCAAAGGAAAAUUUCACUUCCUAUAAAGCCACAUUUUUUCCACUUCGUGUGACCUGAUACAGCUUUGCAUCUCUAUGUAUGACAAAUGAUCCCUAAUCUCCCUGACCUCAAGCUGAGCAGCUGAAGCCUGCUUUCCCUUCGUGGCCAACAGCAGAAUCAAAUAAUGGUCAAAGUUAGAAUUGUUACACAGCGGGUGAGCCUGGACACAUCUUCCUGUGACUCGUGUUCCCAAAUGACUGAUUGCCAAUGUUUAGUAACUUUAAAGCCAAUUUAACUGUCAGACUCAAGCAGUGGUUGCUGGCAACCAGACUGGUAUUAGUAUUUGCAAAUAAGAUUUCGAUUUCACAUUUCUUAAAUUUUACAUGUAUAGCUUUUAUAGAAUAUUAUACACAGGAUAUAUUAAACACAAAUAUGGUGUUUCAUGUUUGAGUACAGAGGAUGAUGUCUGUACUGGAUUCUGAUAUUUGAAUAAAAAUGGUGAUAAAUAAUUCUG